CUCAAGUGAGUGACCCACCACCAAAAGCAUUCUCUCCACAUCAAAUCAAGAUCAAGUUAGCAAGUAACCCCUCAUCACACCCUCAUUAUAUAUAUCUUUCCAAUUGCUGACCCACAAAACCUUUGAGAUAAUGGAUUGUGGGGGUAAGAUCGGUGGAGGAACUGAGCGAGGUGGGCCUUGUGGUGCCUGCAAGUUUCUGAGGAGAAAGUGUGUGAAGGGUUGCAUUUUCGCACCAUACUUUGACUCCGACCAAGGAACGGCUCAUUUUGCUGCGGUGCACAAGGUGUUUGGUGCUAGCAAUGCCUCUAAGCUACUCAUGAGAAUCCCUGCACACAAACGUCUUGAUGCUGUUGUUACCCUUUGCUAUGAGGCUCUUGCUAGGACUAGAGACCCCGUUUAUGGUUGUGUUGCUCACCUCUUUGCUCUUCAACAACAGGUGAUGAACUUGCAAGCUGAGUUAACCUAUGUCCAGGCCCGUCUAGCAACAAUGCGCAUGCCAAUGCAAGUAGCUCCUCUUCCACACCCUCAAACAUCAUCACCACUAACUCUUCAUUCCUCAGAUCAUUUGGCAUCAAAUGCUGACUUGCAAAGUGCCCCUAUGCACCUUGAUCCAAUUCUUCCGUUAGAAUUAAGUAAUGUUUUCAAUCCAUCAGAUCAACAACUCGAGGAUAGGGAACUCCAAGCUUUGGCACGAGAAUUUGUCACAAGAUACUUGCCUGGAGUAAGAUUCCAGCCUUCAAACUCUCCCUGAGGAUACGAUAACUGUCAUUUUAUUCUAUUUCAAUGCCAAUGCUUCUGUUAAUCAUGCCUGAUGAAUGUAGCUAAUUGUACCUUUGGAAGAGUACUUUCAAACAUGAAUUAUGUAACAUGACAUGACCGCUGCUUUAUGGCUAACAAAUUUUCCACUUUUUUUUUUC